AUGGCUAUUGAUGAAAACACGACGGAUUCCAUAAAUCCACUUCUAGAUUUGACAAAUCCACUCUUCAUGCAUCCAUCUGAAAGUGUGGGUUCUAUGCUUGUACUGGUACCUUUCGACGGAUCGGGAUAUAGGUCAUGGAGAAGAGGAGUUCUCAGAGCUCUCUCAGUGAAAAACAAGGUGAGAUUCAUAAACGGAAAAUGCAGGAAACCGGAUUCCAAGGACCCUAGUUAUGAUCAAUGGGAACAAUGUGACAAUAUGGUCACGUCGUGGAUUCUGAAUUCUAUCUCAAAGGAUUUAACGGAUAAUCUGCAAUAUGUUAAUGAUGCUCAGAAACUUUGGCAGGAACUAGAGGAUAGAUAUGACCAGACAAACGGAGCGAAGCUGUAUCAAUUGCAGAAAGAGAUAAAUGAUUUGAGUCAAGGAACCCUAGACAUCACUGGGUGCAAAUGCAACUGUACAUGUGGUGCUAAGGCAAAUAUGCAGAAGGUUGAGCAGGACAGAAGGUUGAUUCAGUUCUUAAUGGAGCUAAACGAAGUUUAUACUGUGGUAAGGGGAAACAAUGCUGGAUAUACAAACUACAAUCAACAAGGAAACAGAACUGGGAACAAUAACUACAGGGGAGGAUAUUUUGGGAGCAGACCCAGGUUUUUUUGUGACUAUUGUAAGAAACCAGGUCACACUAAGGAAAGAUGCUACAAAUUACAUGGUUAUCCACAAGAUUCAAGGUUCAACAAAGGAAAGAGAAUUGUUGGAAAUGUAUAUGGAAGUCAAAGUGAGAAUGGCAUUGAAGGUGAAUAUGGAGGCAAUGGCCAAGUACAGGAACAUGAUCGAACCAUGCAAAACCUUACAAAGGAACAAUAUAAUCAACUACUGAGCAUCCUGGAGAAUUUUCAUGCUGGAAAUGGAGGAAAUGAACUGAAAGCAGGAGCUGUGAACUUUGCAGGUAUUUCAGCUUGCUCAACUUCAUUUGAUUCUGGUGCUAACUCAUAUGAGUGUUUUAGAUCAAUUGCUGAUUCCUGGAUACUUGAUUCUGGGGACCCUUCACUGAAGAGGCCUCUGGCAAUUGGUAAAAGUAAAGAUGGUCUGUACCUUUACACCUCAUAUUCCUGCAAGUCUAAUUCCUUGGUUAAUGCCAAUUCAUCUAGUUCAUCUAAUAAAGGUGAUGCAAUCACUAAAUCUGUUUCACAUGUUCCAUCUAGCCUAACUAGUAGUAAUAAUGUUGUCUCACACUCUGUUUCACAUGUUGUACCUAGUUCACACACUUCUUCUCAUGAAUGCAAUAAAGUUGUCACAAAUUCUCAUGUGCAAUGUAAAGGAAAUGCCAAUUCUACAUACAAUGCAUCUAUGUUUGAUAAAGAUAUGAUUGAUCUCUUGUGGCACAAUAGAUUGGGACAUGUAGCCUUUGCCAAAAUGAGAGGAAUUGAGUCCAUACCUGUAGUCAAGGCUUUCACUGCCAUGGUAAAGAAUCAAUUCAAUUGCUCCAUUAAGACCAUUAGAACUGACAAUGGUCUUGAGUUCAUAAACUCUAAGACUGCUUCCUUCUUGCAGUCUGAGGGCAUUAUACAUCAGAAAAUAUGUUCCUAUACGCCCCAACAGAAUGGCAUUGUAGAAAGGAAACAUAAGUAUCUUUUAGAAACAGCCAGGGCACUGUUAGUCUUUCUCUCAUUUCCACAAAUAAAUUCAGACUUGGCACAAGACCUGUUUCCCCCUCAUGAGUCAGUAUCUCUUCCUAGUUCACUUGGUCCAUAUCUCCCAGCUAUGUCACCUGACUCCUUAUCACUAGGGCUGAGUGAAUCCAAUUCUCAUACAACUUCAAACUUUGAAGAAUAUUCUACCCUGUUUGAGAACAAUCAGCAUGAGACAUCUAUCAACAAUACUCCCAACUUAGUGAUUCAACAACCUAAUGAAACAUCAGGAACACCCUCCAGAACUCUCAAAGUCCAUACCUAUUUAAAAGAUUAUAAUUACUCACUCCCCACGUUACAGACAAGCCACCUUAACUCUCCUUCCAGCAGCAACCAAAGCAUUACCUCACUUUCUUUUAAUGUAUCUAUACCCAAUGCCCAAUGUGUUUCACUCAAUGCUUUGAGUUCUGCUAGUCAGCAAUUGAUCAAAAACAUUUCACAUGGGACUGAGCCCAGUUCAUAUGAAGAGGCAGCUGCUGAUCUUGUAUGGCAGACAACUAUGAAUCAGGAAUUUGAAGCACUUUAUGCCAACCAUACUUGGAGUUUAGUGCCACUUCCAGCUGGAAAAAGAAUAAUAGGUUGUAAAUGGAUAUAUAAGGUGCAGUACAAGGCAGAUGGGAGCAUAGAAAGAUUUAAAGCAAGGCUAGUAGUAAAGGGAUACACUCAGCAGGCAGAGGUAGACUAUACAGAAACUUUUUCAUCAGUAGUAAAGAUGACAACUGUUAGAGCUCUAAUUGGGAUAACAGUGAAGAAAGGAUGA